AUGGCCGCCGCUGUUGAAGCCGCAUGCAAGCCUGGCUCAGGUGUGACGAUGGACGAUUUACGCGACUUCUUGGUCAACCAAGCCGUCAGAUAUCGGGCUGGCAAUCCUACCCAGCCGCACAGGAUAAAUAAAGACUGCCGCUCGGCCAAAGAAUGGAUCGAGAGCAAAAGGUUUGGCUCCUCAGUUAUGCCUGACGAGCCUGAAGAAGCUCCAACCGAGAUGGACGACCAGAGUGACCGAAACACCGAAUUUGAGCAAGGGAAUUCGCCAGAAUCAAGCGACGGAGAGAGCGAAAGUAUUCUCACCAUUGAACACGAGCAGCGUGAGAACGUAUGGCCGGUUUCUCGGAAAGCUGUGGCAAGCACGCACGAGCAAAGAGAACUUUCGCUUCCUUCCAGGGGCACCACGGUGCAUAGCCGCUCGAGGUCACUCAACGAUACAACUGCUACACAAAACCAAUUUGGGGUUGUAAACCUUUCCACCAGGUACCGAAGUAAACCUGCAAAGCCUACCAGCGUGAUACCUAUUGGUGGGGGCUCGGAUAUUGCCCGAAGGGAAUUCGAUUGCCUACCAGCCAUCGAACGAGACAUCCGAGCCACAGACUCCCGUAUCGACGCAGCGGAAAAGCAGAUGCAACGAUGCAAAACCGACAUCGACAAACAGAAUCGCUUGAUAGAGUCGAUGCCAACCGCAGCCAAUCAAGUCAUCGAGAUGGCGACGCAAGAGCUAGAUAAGGCGCAGAAGGAACUCGGCAAAGCACAGUUUUCUGCUAACGCAGUAGCGAAAAGACUCAGCGGCUGGGAACAUUAUGCAGAUGCAUUUACCGCCGCCUGCAACGAGGCCCAGAUCAAAAGAGACAAUGCUCAAAAGAACUUGGAGGUUAUGAAGGCCGAGACGCAACGCCUUGAGUACCAGCGCGAUCAAGCAAUACUGAAUAUCAAACGUCUACAAGAUCAGCUGGAGGAGCAACAGAUGAUUGUCAGCAAUGAGGUCAAGAGGAACACAGGUCUCUUUGCGGUGCGUAACAUCAUGGAGCUGCUGAGUAGCGAACGAAUUGGAACUCUCGCCCUCAGCCAUUUUGAAGCCUUGGGAAACUACACACAGGAUCUGAUGGACAAAGCUCAUGAACCUCGUUCGAUUUCACAAGCUCGGGAUACCUAA